UUAUGGCGGAUGAUUUGGCCGAGAAAGUUUUCAAUGUUAUUUGUAAUACUGGCGGAUUUGUCGAGCUGUCUUCUCUUUUGACGGAUUCAUCGCCUCUGAAACACAUCAAAAGCAAACUAGAAGCGAAGAACUGGCUGAUUCAACACGCUGGUGGCCGAUUCGUUGUAGUGAAAGACAUAAAUGAUGAAGUCAUAGGUGUUCGCGUUGAAUUGAAGAAGAAAAUUUGUAAACAUUACCUCGAAAGAGGUUCGUGUAAAGUUGCAAAAGGCAAGUGUAGAUUCUGGCAUAUUUGUAAGAGCCACCUAGAGGGAGACUGCUAUGGAAAAUGCCGUCACAAUCGCUCGCACGAUUUCUACGACAACGACAACGAACAAAAGACAAAAGAUUUGAAAAUCGCGAAACACCCGAAUGGCAGAUUAAAGAACCUUGUUGCGUGGAGCCUACCACAGGUUUGUCUGCUGUAUUUGAGAAAUGAUUGUAUUUCGGAUAAAUGUCCAUAUCUUCAUGUGUGCUCAAAUGUUGUCCGAGAAUUGCCUUGCACUAGUUGUGGGUUAUCGCACAGUCUGACUGAUUUUCACAACAAGAAUAUUCUAAAGCAGUACGACUUAGUUCCACACAAGGGGAUGAAAACCACUUUUGUUUGUACCAGCAUUUUGGUCAUGAAAGAGCAAAGGUCUUUUACUGGGGAGAAGCACAGAAGCCAAAAUGCCCUAGCUUCCCCAGCGAAUAAAUUAAGCGACUCCGCCACUCUUAGUAACGCAACGGAAGACUGUCCGCAGCGUGGGACGACCGGGCAGGAGUCGUCCUCGUGUGGUGCAAAUGAUUGUCAUGUGAACUCAAAUUCUGAAGAGAUUUCCGGUGGUACUGACAUAGAUGCCAAGAAGAACGAAACAAAACCCGACCAGCCAAAGUCAAAGAAACAGCAGAUACAGAAAAAUAUACCAAAAUACGUGAACGAUUUAGCAAGUAGUGUAACUGCUUCAGCAAGCUCCAAGAAAAAUCCCGGGUUUUUAAAUAUAGAAGAAGAGGAGGAAGAGGGCCACUCGGACUCAUCUUCAGAAGACAACAAAUCUGAAUGGAAGAGUUUCCUCUCCGCUAAAGGAAGUCAAUCGAUUCAUCAGACUUUCGAGUCGAAACCAAGCAACAAAUUGGUUGAUAAUGAUCCCAAGUUUCUUGAGGCUAAAGCUGUGUCAAAGGAGGACCCUAAAGUGGAUCCGUGUACCUCAAAGGGUGCAGCCAAAGCCGGUACUAUACGUAAUGAUCCGCCUGUUCUACCCGCUUAUAGUUUUGAAAACGAUUUUGUGAAGAAGUGGCUUCUGGGUGUUGAUGAUUGUUCGUCUGACUCCACUCAAAGCCUUGAACACCCCCAAACUAAAGAUAAACCAGUUAGACGCAAGCGAAAGUCAUCCAUUUCAAGUUCAUGCAGCUCUGCUCCGGAUCCACAAAAGUGCACUCCCUUCAAGAAGGCUGUCUUUGACUGCAUCCUGAAAGAAUACAAUGGCACUGUUCCUUUUCGUAUCAUCUCGAAAAGGAAAGACUUAUUUACGGAGGGAUGCGGAGAUAUUGCUACAUGGUUUAAAGCAAGAAAGGAAAGCUUUCUCCUUAAGCAAAGUAAAGAUGGUACAAUUAUUGAAAUCAGCGCUUAUUGUAGGCGGGUACAAUUUUGUUUCAACCAAGAGCAUUGUUCAAAAAAGGAAUGCUCAUUUUUGCAUGCGUGCCGAAAUUACAUCGCUGGUUUCUGUAGAUUUGGUAGUGGAUGCCAAAGAAACCACACUUUUAAGAACGAUGAAAACAGAAAAUUUAUUUCUAAACUAAAGUUAACUGGGUUAAGCGAAGAACAGCUGCGUAAAGUCGUCCAGCUAUCGAUACCCCAAGUAUGUCUUGACUAUAACGAAGGAUGCUGUGUACUUGGAGAGAGUUGUGGAAAGAUACAUAUUUGCAAGGAUAUGAUAAGAAAGAGGUGUGCGGAUCAGGGGAUUUGCGGUCUCGAGCACGAAGAAGCGCUACUGACGGCUCAAGCAACCGCUAUUCUCAAUAGAUAUGGCUUGAAGAUCAAGGAUGGUCACGUUCACUCAGUGGUACGAACCCUUCUGGUCUGCGAGAGGAAACAUUCAGUUGACCUUAACCUCACUGUUAAAGAAACUAUUUCAACAGCAACUAGUAUGACAUCUUCUAACAGUGCAGUUGAAAGCAAGGGAGAGAAGAAACAGAGUGGCUCCAGCCCUUUCUCACUUACAUCUGUUUCUGUAGCCAAAACAACCAGCACUGUGUCAACGACAAGUCCCUCGACGAUGACUAAAGGAGCAACUGGUAGCAAAAACAGUAGCUAUCAGCGGAGUGGUCCUUCACCUCUUAUUGGUAUUGCCACUUGUUACCCAUCUGAUCAUAUAGACAAUGUGAUUGUGUCUAUUCGUAAAGAAAUCUUUCCCUCUGGGAACAGCGGUGAACCAUCUGAACGAAAAGUCUUUGAGUGCUUGUGCAAGGAAUACAAUUGCUCAGUUACGUUUUCAGUUAUUUCUAAACGUACUGAUUUGUUUCCUGCUGGAUUCAAAGACGUGGAAUCUUGGUUUCGUAAAAGAAAAGGGAGCUUUCUGAUCUUGGAAAACCCAGACGGGAAAAUUACAGAAGUGAGUGCGUUUGCAGCAAAGGCUCGGCUCUGCUUCAGUUACAACAACGCCCACUAUGGAACUUGUGCGAAAGACAACUGCUCAUUCUUGCACAUCUGUAGAGAUUACAUCACUGACUCCUGUGCUAACGGAGCAACAUGCCCUCGGAAUCAUCAAUUUUGCAACGAGAAGGAUAAGGCUUUGCUGUCUCAGAUCAACCUCGAAAAGUUCACAGACGAGCAACUUCGCCGGCUUGUGCUGUCUUCCUCGCCAUUGAUUUGUGUAGAGUAUAACGAUGGUAUCUGCGAUCGUGGCGAUGCUUGUCCUAGAAUUCACAUGUGUAGCAACCACUUAAAAAAGUGUUCCCGAGAAGGACGCGGUUGUCUCUUAGAGCAUGAAUCAGCCAUGACUACUGAUCACACCAGAGCAAUUCUGGAGCGUUUUCGAAUCGAUCACUUGAAACCAGGCGCAGUGAAGAAGGCUAUUUUGCUGUUUGACGAUUUGGCACAGAGCAGAGAAACAGGUCAUGUUCACAGUGAUAAGCCAGAUGCACCUAUCUGUUCGGAUUUCCUUCUGGGAAAGUGUAAGAAGGGCAUGAAGUGUUCAGGGCACCACUGUUCGUUGCCUUACCACUGGCAAUACAGAGUUGAGGGUGAAGGAGUCUGGAAGAGUUUUACCGAGACUGACAAUGAGAAGGUAGAGAAAUUGUACUGUGACGCAAUGAUGGAUGAUUGCUCAGCCACUGGCUUCCAGCUGUCUUUCGAAAGGUGAGUUGAGAAGAGUCGUUUAAACACAGAGUACUUCAGUUUGCAGAGGCAAGCCUAAACUAUUUAUACAGGCUUAAGUCUAAAAAUGUGGGUUUACAAGCUCACUUCCUUGUAACCUUAGUUAUUCAGGCAUUCUUAGCUAUCCGUUCUGUUAAAUCGUGUAGGUACAAUCUUUCAUCUCAUCCAUUUAAAAGACCUUUAUUGACAAGCCCCUUAUGUUUAGAUUAAGACUGAUCCACUAGUUUAGUUUAUGUUUUAAAAUACUGUUCUAGAUGCCAAUUCCUUAUUGAAAGGAGCCAGUAAUAAGGAAGCUGUUAAAUCAUGUACCCGGAAGUUCAUGUUAUUGAAUUGGCACACAGAUCCUUGUUAACAUAAAAUCUACUUUUUCAGUGAAGAAUUCUUUUUCUUUGAUGAAGAGGAUCCUGUGAAUUUCCUGUUUGAAAAUAAAAUGAUGUUUGUGCAGAAAGAUUUUGAAGUCUUGGCAGACAUUAGGCGGCUCUACACGGAACCCUCCAUCGAUAA